AUGGAGAGCGCAGAGAAUACAGAGGAGGAGAAGCCGACUGUAAGCAAUGACAGCACAGACAAUGGCACCGAAACGGUGACGGAGGAGCAGCAGAUGGACUUCAGUACAGAAAUCAUGAGUGUAACUGAGAUGGAACAGUCGCCUGAUAGUUCCCCGGACUUGAAUGAAGAGAACAUGCAGGAGAGUGAAAUUACAAAUAUCGAAAGUUUACAGACAUCGGACAUUGAGACCUGCUUCCCUCUGGAUUUUGACAAGUUCUGGAAAGUGGUAGAGGACAAUCCCCAGGAUUUCACAGGAUGGGUGUAUCUGCUACAGUAUGUGGAGCAGGAGAACCACUUACCAGCGGCCAGGAAAGCGUUUGACAGGUUUUUCACACAUUAUCCAUACUGCUAUGGAUAUUGGAAAAAAUACGCGGACCUCGAGAAGCGCCACGACAACGUGAAGCAGUCGGAUGAGGUUUAUCGCAGAGGGCUUCAGGCAAUUCCUCUUAGUGUUGAUCUUUGGAUACAUUAUAUAAACUUCUUAAAGGAGACCUUGGACCCUGCUGAUCCUGAAACUAACACUACUAUUCGAGGAGCCUAUGAACAUGCAGUCUUAGCUGCUGGGACAGAUUUCCGUUCUGACAGACUCUGGGAAAUGUAUAUAAACUGGGAAAAUGAUCAGGGAAACCUAAGGGAAGUUACAUCCAUCUAUGACCGCAUCCUUGGAAUCCCAACGCAGCUCUACAGUCAUCACUUCCAGAGAUUUAAAGAACAUAUCCAGAACAACUUGCCUCGAGACUUCCUGACUACCGAGCAGUUUGUUCAGCUGCGCAGAGAACUGGCAUCUGUGAACGGCCACAGCGGGGAGGAGGCACAGCCUGGAGAUGACCUGCCCUCUGGUACAGAAGACAUAACUGACCCUGCCAAGCUAAUCACUGAGAUAGAAAACAUGAGGCACAGAAUCAUUGAGAUUCAUCAAGAAAUGUUUAACCACAAUGAACAUGAAGUCAGUAAAAGGUGGACGUUUGAAGAAGCGAUAAGGAGGCCUUACUUCCACGUAAAACCUCUGGAGAAAAUUCAGCUGAAAAACUGGAAAGAGUACUUAGAGUUCGAGAUAGAAAACGGCACUCACGAGCGAGUUGUGGUCCUCUUUGAACGAUGUGUUAUUUCAUGUGCCCUCUAUGAGGACUUCUGGAUUAAGUAUGCCAAAUACAUGGAGAAUCAUAGUAUUGAAGGAGUGAGGCAUGUCUACAGCAGGGCUUGCACAAUACACCUCCCUAAGAAACCCAUGGUUCACAUGCUGUGGGCAGCCUUUGAGGAGCAGCAGGGCAACAUCGAUGAAGCCAGAAGAAUCUUGAAAACGUUCGAAGAGUGUAUUCUAGGGCUAGCAAUGAUUCGCUUGCGAAGAGUAAGCUUAGAACGCAGACACGGGAACAUGGAGGAAGCCGAACACCUGCUCGAAGAGGCUGUUAGGAAUGCCAAGUCAAUUAGCGAGUCGUCGUUCUAUGCCAUCAAAUUAGCUCGACAUCUCUUCAAAGUACAGAAAAACCUCCCAAAGGCAAGAAAAGUGCUGUCAGAAGCCAUAGAAAUUGACAAAGAAAAUACAAAACUGUAUCUCAACUUGCUGGAAAUGGAGUACAGUGGCGACCUCAAGCAAAACGAAGAGAACAUCUUGAGCUGUUUUGAUAAGGCCGUCAAUGGCGCGUUGUCUAUAAAAAUGAGGAUUACGUUUUCUCAGCGAAAAGUGGAAUUUCUGGAAGACUUUGGUUCUGAUGUAAACAAGCUUUUGGAUGCCUACGAUGAACACCAAGCACUUCUGAAGGAGCAGGAUUCUUUGAAAAGGAGAGCGGAGAACGGGUCAGAGGAUCCGGAUGAGAAGAAGAUGCUGACAGACGACCCAACUUUGGCGUCAGCCCAGAUGAUGGAUGGUGACAUGCAGGUCAAUCAGGCAGCGUACAACUACAACGCCUGGUACCAGUACAAUUACCAGAACGCCUGGAAUUACGGACAGUAUUAUCAUCCAACCUGAUCCGAAGAAUGAAGUUCACUGUGCUGCCAUUUCAACAAAGAUGGAAUAAAAAAAGAUAUAUUUUUCUAAAUUAGAGAUGUGAAAGAACUGUUGUAAUACCUGCUUUUGGGUCCUUUGCAUGUGAAAUGAGCUGAUGUUCACAGGGUAUGUGUGAAGCAAGAUUUGUGUGCUGGUAACUGAUAAUGGUAUCU